UUUCCAUUACCUCGUAUAGCUGCUAGUUGAAAUUGAAAUCACUGUGCGCAUGCGCAAUAUUUGUUGGGGGAAAAAUCACAAGGACAAACCAAACGUCUUCAGGGAGAGUCAUGCUCGUGUCUGUGAUAUUUACACUUCUAUGCAUCUUGUCACUGGCCAUGAGCCAGGACAAGCCCCGGAUCAAAUGUUAUGAGUGCAUUAACCUCAAGGACAACUCGUGCGGCCGUACGUUCACCGGAAAUGAUAACUACCUGAUAGAGUGUAGCGAGAACGCCACCGCAUGCCAGAAGCUGGAGUACGAGGACUCAUUCCAGGGGAGACAUACAGGCGGCCUGGUUGUAUCUCGCUCGUGUUGGGAAAGCUCCAGUGCCGAGCAGUACGUCCCUGAUACUGAGAAAUGUGAGGAUAUGUUUUCAUCCAAAGCCUGCUACUGUACAGGGGACGGCUGUAACGGGGGACAACUCUUGCAUGCUAGUUGGGGAGUUUUGCUGUUUGCGUUACUUCCCUUGGUUUACAGUAACAUGAAAUGCUCAUAGAUGUUAUGAUUUUUACUGCAAUAUAAUGACAAAGUUUGAUCAAACGUUUAAUAGCAAACCACAACGAAAAUAUAAAUACAAACAUGUUUGAAUUUUAUUCAAGAGGUUGUUGUUGUUUAUACACGGUUGAUAUAUGACAGUAUAAGGAUAAGUGGAACUUUCUUGUGAGUGGAGACUGGUUGAGUAGUUCUAGAUACAUGAUACUAAAUGAGUUGGAGACAUACAUUUAUAAAUAUGCUUAAAUAAUCGCAAUAACCGCACAAAAAGGAAACAUUGCUUCACUCAUUUUCACAUUCAGAGUGCUGCUACUUAUGUUGUUACACUUACACGUAUACAAAUGUGCUUAUAAUA